AUGAUUGAUAUUGAAGAUGACAAAAUGCAUAAUGAUUGCAAUUUUAGACAGUUAUUGAGAUUUAGAGUCGACGCUGGUGACAAAGAUCUUGAAAAUCAUUUGAUGACAUGUGCUAAAAAUGGUAUGUACACAAGCUGGCGCAUACAAAAUGAAAUAUUAACGACUUGUAAUAUUCUUAUUCUACAACACCUUGUAAAAAACAUCAAUGCUGCAAAAUCAUUCACAAUAUUAGCUGAUGAAACAAGUGAUAUAUCUAAGAAGGAACAAUUAACUUUAUGUAUCAGGUAUGUUAAUUCUGGUGAAAAAAAAUUGAGGGAAGAUUUUUUACAGUUUGUUGAAGUAAAAAAUAUGAGUGGUAAAGCAUUAGCUGAUACAAUAUUACAAAACCUUCAAUCUUUAGGAAUAGAAACAAAAUAUAUAGUUGGACAAGGAUAUGAUGGCGCAGCGGCCAUGUCUGGAAUGUUUAAUGGUACCCAAUCUCAUAUAAGAAAAAAAUAUCCAAUGGCGUUAUAUAUUCACUGCAGUUCCCAUUGCUUAAAUUUAGCUGUGUCUUUUGCUUGCCAAAUUUCUGAAAUAAGAAAUUGUAUGGGUACUAUGCAGACAAUUUCUAAUUUUUUUGGAUAUCCUAAAAGAUUAAAUAUUUUCCCUACAAUAACAAAGAUAUUUCCAGGUGAAAAAUCAUAA